UUCUCAGCGACCGUAGGCUGCCUCGUGUUAGGAUCACGUCGUGAAUUGUGGUGAGUACAUUUUAUUCCAACAAUUAAUUUAAUUUCAACUCAAUUCAAACCCACGGUAUUCUAAACACUUGUACGCUUUUAGUCUAACGAAACGGCACGAUGGGUAAAAUAAUGAAAUCUGGUAAAAUAGUGCUAGUGCUAUCUGGCAGAUACGCUGGCAGGAAGGCGGUAAUAAUGAAGACGUACGAUGAAGGUACGUCGGAGAGACAGUAUGGUCAUGCGCUUGUAGCCGGUAUAGACCGUUACCCUCGGAAAGUCACCAAACGCAUGUCACAAGAAAAACUGAAAAAACGGUCCAAAAUAAAACCUUUCCUCAAAGUGCUCAACUACAACCAUCUUAUGCCAACUAGAUAUUCCGUACAAGAUGUGACCGUAGACAAGGUAUCACCUAAAGAUUUAAAAGAUCCAAUGAUUAAAAAGAAAUACCGUUUCCAAACCAGAGUUAAAUUUGAAGAAAAAUUCAAGGCUGGAAAAAAUAAAUGGUUUUUCCAAAAACUGAGGUUCUAGUUUUCAUUAUGUAAGAUUUAUCUUUUUAUUGGAUAAUAAAAAAAAAAAACCCAAA